AUGAUACAAGGUUACAAAGCACUAAAGAGACGAAAGAUUGCUAAGGCUCCUAAGAAGCGAGGUCAUGGAACAAGCACCUGUUAUUCCACCGAAAUAGCUACACAGCCAGGAUAUAUUAAACCUUUGACCAUGGUAGAUGAUCGUAGCAGGAAUAGUAGUAAUACAGAAGAUAUGGACACUGAUUCACCAAUGUCAGCUGUUACUUAUUUGCAAGAGACAUUGCAAAUUCCACAAAAUACUAAUGAAUGCAACAAAGUCCAGGAGAGUGAAUCUUUCAGGGCAGUUGCUGCCAAUAUGGUCGUUGGAUCUCUAACACCAGAUUCUACACCUUCAUCUGUGCAAGAAAAGGAGACUAGAUUUGAUGCUUCAUAUUUCUCGGAGGAUUCUGAUUCUGAUAUGGACUCUGCAGAUGUUGACAAUUUUUUCGAUGAUGAGUUUGAUGAUCAAAGUCAUGUAGAGCCUGACAGUGAGAAUAUAAAUCAAAAUGAAUCAAAUUUACAGAAGAAGUGCAGACGUGGUUCCAAGUAUCUUAUACCAGAGGAAUAUGCAACGCUUGGCGGCCUUUCUAAACGCUGCACUUCCUGCAAUGCUAUGAUGUGGCAUGAGGAGCGUGUAAACAAGAACGUGACAAAAGGCAAGCCACUGUUUUCUAUUUGUUGUAGGAAAGGCGAAGUCAAAUUACCAGAACCAUUGCCGACUCCCGUCUAUCUCCUUAAUCUUUAUCAAGACAAAGAUCAAGGUGCAGAUUUCCACAGAGGUAUCAGGUUGUACAAUGCUAUGUUUGCGUUUACCUCUGCCGGCGGAAACGUUGACCAUUCCAUAAACAAAGGCAGGGGACCCUAUAUAUAUCGUUUAUAUGGCCAAAAUCACCAUGUGUUUGGUUCUUUAAUUCCUGAUGAUGGGGACACUCCAAAGUUCUGCCAGCUCUACAUAUACGAUACUGCAAAUGAGGUUAGCAAUCGUCUGCGCUGGGUUGAUGUUUCUGAUGAACAGCCUGUACAUGCAGAGGUUUUUGAUGGUCUGAUGCAGAUGCUUGAUGAUACUAAUGAAUUAGUGAAGAAAUUCCGCACUGCACGUGAUAGAUGGGAGAACAAUGAUAUCUGUGAUUUGAAAGUUGAACUUAAAGUUUGUCGCGCUCAGAAUGGCAGGGAGAAUCAUGUAUCUGCAUCCAAUGAAGUUGCUGGUGUUAUGGUUGGUUCCACCUCGAAUACUACUCCCGUUCAUGAUAUCACAAUUGAGCCUAAAUUUGGAAAACUUCAACGUGUUUCCUACAUUCAUCCCAAAUUUAUGGCACUUCAAUACCCUCUUCUCUUCCCAAAUGGUGAAGAUGGUUACCAUGACAAGAUCCCAUUUCAAAGUGCGGAUUUGUCAAAUUUGAAAGUGCGAGAUUUUAUAUCAAUGAAAGAUUAUUAUGCAUACCGUUUCCAAAUCAGGCCUAAUCAUUCUUUGACCACGAGGUUAGGUGGUAGGCUUUUCCAACAGUAUGUUGUUGAUGCCUUCUCUUCAAUUGAGCAAACACGUUUAUAUUGGUUUCGGAAAAAUCAAAGAAUUCUGCGCAAUGAACUCUAUAGUCAUAUUUGUGAUUCUGUGCGUAAAGGUGAUUUGAGUGGAUCAAAUGUUGGGAAAGGUGUGAUCUUACCAGCUGGUUUUGUUGGAUCCAAACGAUACAUGCAGCAGAAUUUCCAGGAUGCGCUGGCGGUGUGCCGCCAAGUUGGUCACCCUGAUAUAUUUCUCACCAUGACCACAAAUCCUUUGUGGGACGAAAUUCAGAAAAUGAUGCAUUAUCUCCUAGAGUUUCAGAAGCGUGGUCUCCCUCACGUGCAUAUGCUCAUAUGGCUUGACAGUAAAUCCAAGGUUUACUUGAAAAAUAAUGUUGACAAAUUCAUCUCAGCUGAGAUCCCUAAUCCUAUUAAAGAUCCUGUUGGAUAUGCUGCAGUGAAGUACUCGGCCAGAACAACGUUUUAUGAAAGUGGAUUUCCUGUUUAUCGAAGAAGAAGACAGAACAUAACGGUUAAUGUUCGUAAUGCAGAACUUGAUAAUCAGUGGGUGGUACCUUAUAAUCGAGAUUUAUUGGUCAAGUAUCAGUGUCACAUGCAUAUCAAGAUUUGUUGCCAUGCGCGAAGCUUGAAAUACCUCUUCAAGUAUUGCUUGAAAGGGCAUGAUACUACAACUGUACAUGUCACUGGAAAGAAGAAAAGAGCUUCAAACCAGGAUCCAGAUAAGGCUAUAGAUGAAAUUGAUGCAUAUUUUGAUGGUCGCUACAUCUGCGGUGCAAAGUCAGCCUAUAAGAUUUUUGGUUUUCCUAUACACCAUCGCACUAUUUCUGUUGAGCGGCUACCAUUCCAUUUACCAGGCCAGAAGAGUUGCACUUUCCAUUCUAAUCAGCCAUUAGACAAGGUUGCUGAUCGUGAGAAGAAUAGACUGAGCAAGUUGGAGGCAUUUUUCCAACUAUGUACCACUAAUGUCGAUGCUCAAAAAUACACUUAUCCAGAAAUUCCAGAGCAUUUUGUUUGGGAUGAUGGUCAGAGGAAAUGGAAUCCAAGGAAAGAGAGUCUGAGAACUGUUAAUGGAAUCUGCUAUGAUUCUUUCCGUGAUGCGUGCAAAGAGUAUGGCUUUCUUGAUGACGACAAGGAAUGGCAUGAAGUAUUAAAUCAAUGUGCAAAUGGUGGUUUACCUCCUCAAAUCAGGCAGCUUUUUGUUCACAUUAUUGUUAACUGCAAGGUCACUGAUUUAUUUCAGUUGUGGAGUUCUAAUUGGAAGCAAAUGGUUGAUGAUACUAUUUUGGAAAGAAGGCGCUUAAAUAACGAUGAUCCCCUAAUGUUGGAUGACAAACAACUACAGUUUUAUGCUCUUGCAAAGAUCGAUGACUUGCUCAGGUCAAUAGGCAAAUCUUUAAAGAAUUUUCCUCAACUUCCUCAACCACCUGAAAACUACCUCAAUCAUGGUAGUAAUAACCUAAUUUUAGAAGAAACCAACUACAACAUUAAUGAGAUGGAAAAAGAAAACCACAGGUUGCUUUCUACUAUCAACGACGAACAGUUAAAUGUGUACAACGCCAUUCUAGAAUCUGUUGGGAAGAACGAAGGUGGACUCUACUUUGUUCAUGGCAGUGGUGGUUGUGGGAAGACCUUCCUUUGGAGAACUUUGAUUUCCAAGUUAAGGUCUCAAGGAGACAUUGUUCUACCGGUUGCAUCUUCGGGAAUCGCUGCCACGCUUAUGCCAAGAGGUCGAACUGCACAUUCCAGGUUUAAAAUACCUAUUGUCCUAGACGAACUAUCUGUUUGUGCUAUAGGUAAUAAAUCAGACAUUGCUGAGUUAAUUAGGCAUACCAAACUUAUUAUUAGGGACGAGGCUCCAAUGCAACAUAGAUUUACCUUUGAAUGCUUGGAUCGAUCUUUGAGAGAUAUUAUGCGGUGUGUCGAUGAAAGUCGUGUCGCUCUACCUUUUGGAGGAAUAACAGUUGUUCUAGGAGGUGAUUUCCGUCAAAUCCUUCCAGUUAUACCUCAUGGAGACAGAGCUGAGAUAUUGGCAGCAUGUAUCACGAGAUCAAGACUUUGGAAUAUUUGCAAAAUAUUCAUUCUGGAAAGGAACAUGCGUCUCAACAACGGUUCGUCUCAGGCAGAAGUUGAUGAACUAAAUGAAUUUGCCAAAUGGGUACUUGCAGCAGGAGAUGGCAGGUUGGAAGGUGAUGAAGAAGCAAAAUCUCUCUUUGUCGAGGACGGUAUUCAAGUACCACUGCAGUUCUGUGACUUGGAAAUUGACAACACCGUUGAGAAUAUGAUUCACAGCAUCUAUCCAGAUUUUGCAGACAAUUCCACAAAUGCCAAGUAUCUCAGUGAAAGGGCCAUCUUGACUCCUACAAACCAAACUGUUGGACACCUAAAUUCUCUAAUUGUAGAUAUAAUACCAGGAGACGCUGCUACUUAUUACAGUGUUGAUAGUGCAGAAGACUUUGGCGGCACAGAUGAUGAUUUGAAGUCUGCCUUUCCUGUUGAGUAUCUGAAUUCGCUUUCAGUUCCAGGGUUGCCGGCUCAUGACUUGAAGCUAAAAGUUGGCGCAGUUGUGAUGCUAAUGAGGAAUUUGAAUCAAACUCUUGGCCUCUGCAAUGGAACUAGAAUGAUCGUAACCAAGUGCUUGAAAUUUUGUGUAGAGUGUGAGGUAAUUUAUGGAUCAUUUGCUGGAACGCGACACUUUAUUCCCCGCAUGGAAUUAAGUCCCAGUGAUUCUCCGGUUUUCACGCAUGGUCAGUUCUAUGUAGCUGUUAGUCGUGUCACAUCUCCUGCCGGUCUGAAAGUUUUUAUUGACGAUGAUCGUGGUUUUCCUACCAGUAUAACGCAAAAUGUUGUUUACACAGAGGUUUUCUAUGCUUUGCCUAAGUAG